AUGAUAAUAAGAAUCGAUCGGAAGCACAUAAGUAGUUCUAUUGAGGAGUGGUUCCAACUCCUGAAGUCCAACAACGAUUCUUUGGAGGAUGGAAAGACCUCUGGAUGCGAUCCAUCAAUGGAGUACGAAAUAGAAGUAAAAGAAAGUAUCGGGAAAAAAAUAGCCUUGGUUACUGUAAACAGGGUUGGUAUAAAGCAUGAAGUGUCUUUGGAUAAGAUCGAAGAAACUCUUCUGGAAGUUGUUGGGACCCUUCUUGGACAUGAACUGGUGGUUAUUCAUGGAUUUACAGUUAAGGAUCAAAGCGGAGAAAAGACGAAACCGAUUAUUCCGAUCUUCUUCAGAUCGACUCUCGGGAUUCAAAUUCCCAAGAGAAUGGGGUAUUUAAAGAACGAUGGAGCCGGAAUUCCAGAGAUCGACGAGAGUAUGAUGGUUCCAUUUGUGCAUACCAGUCCAAUUUUAAAGUCAUUACUAAACUCAAGACCUUUGAGGUUCUCAGGCGAGGGUGUAAAAGCUUUGUUAGUUCUCUACAACGGAUCUACAUUCAUCAUCCCAGAUACAGCUAGAAUUAUUCCUAUGAUCCGUGGAAUGCUUUCCAGGGAAAAAAUGGGAGAGUUUCUCAAGCUUCUCAAAAAGUUCCCAUUUAAGUUUGUUGAAACCUUUAUAAAAGCAUAUAUGCAACCUUCUUCACUUGAAGUUAACAAGGAGUUGAGUGGUUGCUUUUCAGAAUUUCAAAACAACCUUACCAAGCUUCACAUCAAAUGCAUACACAAGAUAGUAUCUAAUGCUCCUGUGUUUUUGGAUGCUCGGGACAAGAUUACUGAAAGAAUCGAGAAGUUUUAUAUUUACAAUGCAAAAGGAUUUAAGAGAAAAAGGGGGGAAUAUCUUAAGUGUAGAGAGGAGCUUUACAUAGACAAGAAUCCCAUUGGAUCUUUGAAGAGGUAUUUCCGAGAUCUCUAA